UUUCCCUCAACCAUGGACAAGCGAGAGAAGUUGAGACAGUCAGUCUGGAGUAAGUCUCAACUACGAUGGAUGCAGUACCCUAUUCUCUCGUGUUAAUAGUCCUGUUCUUUGGGACUAUGAUUCAAGAAAAUGAUGCCCUGCAGUGCUAUUGCCAGCGCUGUCUCAACUCUACGUGCACCACGGACGGUCUGUGCUUCGUGACGGUCAUGAAGUCUGGCAGCCGGCUCACCACCGAGCGCAGCAUGUGCGUGCACGAGAGCGAACUGAUCCCCCGUGACCGCCCCUUCAUCUGCGCGCCCUCCACCAAGGACGACACAGGCAUCUACCCAAUGUGCUGCGCCUCCGACUGGUGCAACAAGAACCCCAACCUCAGCGUCUUCCCAGUGCCGACGGUGAAGCCGGUUCCUCUGGGGCCUGUGGUUCUGGCGGCAGUGAUCGCGGGGCCCGUGUGCGUGCUGUGCUUCGUGCUGGUGCUGGUCUUCUACGUUUGCCACAGCCGGGUGGGUGUGCAUCAACGCGUGCCCAACGAGGAGGAUCCCUCCAUGGAUCACCCCUUCCUCACCGUGGGUUCCACUCUCAAAGACCUCAUCUACGACAUGACCACCUCUGGCUCCGGCUCUGGUCUGCCCCUACUGGUACAGAGGACCAUAGCCCGGACCAUCAUCCUUCAGGAGAGCAUCGGGAAGGGCCGCUUCGGCGAGGUGUGGCGGGGCAAGUGGCGAGGCGAGGAGGUGGCGGUCAAGAUUUUCUCCUCCCGUGAGGAACGUUCGUGGUUCCGUGAGGCCGAGAUCUACCAGACGGUCAUGCUGCGUCACGAAAACAUCCUGGGCUUUAUCGCCGCCGACAACAAAGAUAACGGGACAUGGACCCAGCUGUGGCUGGUGUCAGACUACCACGAGCACGGCUCUCUGUUUGACUAUCUGAACCGCUACACAGUCACCGUGGAGGGCAUGAUCAAACUGUCACUGUCCACCGCCAGCGGUCUGGCCCACCUCCACAUGGAGAUCGUUGGCACGCAAGGGAAGCCGGCCAUCGCCCACAGGGAUCUGAAAUCUAAGAACAUCCUGGUGAAGAAGAACGGGACUUGCUGCAUUGCCGACCUGGGCUUGGCCGUGCGCCACGACUCUGCCACCGACACCAUCGACAUCGCCCCCAACCACAGAGUAGGGACCAAAAGGUAUAUGGCACCAGAGGUGCUAGACGACUCGAUAAACAUGAAGCAUUUUGAGUCGUUUAAGAGGGCAGAUAUCUACGCCAUGGGCUUGGUGUUCUGGGAGAUAGCCAGUCGAUGCUCUCUGGCAGGCAUCGUUGAAGACUACCAGCUGCCAUACCAUGACCUGGUGCAGUCAGACCCUUCUGUGGAGGAGAUGAGGCGGGUGGUGUGUGAUCAGAAGCUACGACCCAACAUUCCAAACAGGUGGCAGAGCUGUGAGGCUCUGCGGGUGAUGGCUAAGAUCAUGAGGGAGUGCUGGUACGCCAACGGAGCCGCCCGCCUCACAGCGCUGCGUAUCAAGAAGACCCUGUCCCAGCUCAGCCAAUCAGAGGGCAUCAAGAUGUAGACAUUUCCUUUAGUCUUGUUAUAUUAUUCUGAAUAUUAUUAUUUUCAUCGUCAUCAUUGGUUCUCUUCGGGCUGCUCCUCCUCUUGGUUUGAAAGGGGAGGCGAUGCAGCGUGGUGAAGUUUUACUCUGAUACCCCCUAACCCCUCUCUAAACGCGGUCAUCCUUAUAUUUGUCGCCGUGCCGACCGCCGCGAUUUUAUGUCUCUCAGAGGUGGAUGGAUCUGAUGGAUCUGAUUUUUUGGAGAGAAGUGGUAUGGCUGGGUGCUAUAAAGCUGUCCCCACUACACAACACCACCAACCUGUGUCAGUUCAGACACCAACCCCCUGUACUCACGAUUGGUGGGAUCUCCUCACCCAGUGCUCGUGAAGGACCUAUAACAGUGAUUACAGACAGCCGUAGUCCCGCCCUGCCACAGACCCAUCUGCAAACCGGAGGAAAGGAUCAUCAAAACACCACCCGGAAACCCCCAGGUUUCAUGACUGCUGGUCGUAACAUUCAGGUGUCAAUGCCUCCAUUCAAACAACAAGUGUUACAUUCUGUCACUGGCUGUGGUGGCUCGGACUCAACGAGAGAAAAAGACUGAAGCAAACAAACUUUAGUUUUUAUUUAGGACCAUCUGGUACUUGUGAACAAUCGUUUUAUUGUAGUUAUUUGUGUGUGUUUCCAUGGAGAGGUGCUGUGGACUCGUGUCCAGAGCAUGGCGCACCGUGUGUUUCUCCCUCUUUUCUCCAUGUAUCACUGUACCGAGGGACUACAGGUCUGUUUAACUUAUUUGCUUAGAUUGUUUGCAAAAAAAACAACAACUGGACAUGACCUCAUUCAGUCUCCAAACAGCCGGAUAUGACCUCAUUCAGUCUCCAACCAACUGGACAUGACCUCAUUCAGUCUCCAACCAACUGGACAUGACCUCAUUCAGUCUCCAACCAACUGGACAUGACCUCAUUCAGUCUCCAAACAGCCGGACAUCACCUCAUUCAGUCUCCAACCAACUGGACAUGACCUCAUUCAGUCUCCAACCAACUGGACAUGACCUCAUUCAGUCUCCAACCAACUGGACAUGACCUCAUUCAGUCUCCAACCAACUGGACAUGACCUCAUUCAGUCUUGGCGAACAUGCUAUGACAUAUGCAAUAUAGAUAGUGUAUCUAUUUUAUAUACUCUGUUUUGCUGCUACUACAACGUCAACUACAACAGCUCGACAGUCGCCACCAUGCCUUCCAAGCCAGGUGUUAACUGGUGCCACUGCUUUAAACCUACCCCUUAAACCCUCAUGUUGGUUUGUGUCUGUGUGAGAUUGUAUGGAGUAUUGACAGAGGCCCUCAGCUGGAGGAGCAGCAUGGAGUAAACCCUCUCAGAGAGCUGGAGGAGCAGCAUGGAGUAAACCCUCUCAGAGCUGGAGGAGCAGCAUUGAGUAAACCCUCUCAGAGAGCUGGAGGAGCAGCAUUGAGUAAACCCUCUCAGAGCUGGAGGAGCAGCAUGGAGUAAACCCUCUCAGAGAGCUGGAGGAGCAGCAUGGAGUAAACCCUCUCAGAGAGCUGGAGGAGCAGCAUGGAGUAAACCCUCUCAGAGCUGGAGGAGCAGCAUGGAGUAAACCCUCUCAGAGAGCUGGAGGAGCAGCAUGGAGUAAACCCUCUCAGAGCUGGAGGAGCAGCAUGGAGUAAACCCUCUCAGAGAGCUGGAGGAGCAGCAUGGAGUAAACCCUCUCAGAGCUGGAGGAGCAGCAUGGAGUAAACCCUCUCAGAGCUGGAGGAGCAGCAUGGAGUAAACCCUCUCAGAGCUGGAGGAGCAGCAUGGAGUAAACCCUCUCAGAGCUGGAGGAGCAGCAUGGAGUAAACCCUCUCAGAGCUGGAGGAGCAGCAUUGAGUAAACCCUCUCAGAGAGCUGGAGGAGCAGCAUUGAGUAAACCCUCUCAGAGCUGGAGGAGCAGCAUGGAGUAAACCCUCUCAGAGCUGGAGGAGCAGCAUUGAGUAAACCCUCUCAGAGAGCUGGAGGAGCAGCAUUGAGUAAACCCUCUCAGAGCUGGAGGAGCAGCAUGGAGUAAAUCCUCUCAGAGAGCUGGAGGAGCAGCAUGGAGUAAACCCUCUCAGAGCUGGAGGAGCAGCAUGGAGUAAACCCUCUCAGAGCUGGAGGAGCAGCAUGGAGUAAACCCUCUCAGAGAGCUGGAGGAGCAGCAUGGAGUAAACCCUCUCAGAGCUGGAGGAGCAGCAUGGAGUAAACCCUCGUAUGCAAAUGGUAGGACGUGACCUCGCCAUGCUGCCUAGAGCAGCCACAACACCAACUUGUUGGUACCAUCUACUCAAGGGGUCUCUCUCCCUUCCCGUCUUCUCUCUGUCUCUUUCUCUCUACUCUGUAUGGCAAAGCUCUGACUCUGAAUACCAGACUGAUAGGGGUGCUAGUACUACCCACUGGACUACACUAAGUCCCCCUCCAAGGUGGCUUUAAGGAAGAAGGAAACAACUACUCAUUACUGGAGUUGUUCUAUAAUCAUGCAUUGUUGGAUUUCACUUUGUUUUGGUCUUUGUGUUGUUUCAAAAAGUGUGAGAGCACACGUCUCUUCAAAGACUAAACAAGGUGAGGUACAUUCAUUUAAAUAUAGAAAAUGGAUUUUUACUAAGCCAUAGGUUUCCAAUUGUUUUGUUUUUUUUUGUUUGUUUUUUGUGUGGCAAAUUUUUCUACUACUUAUAAGAAUGUACGUUUACGGAGGAUAAACAACAUAGUAUCACUGUGUGAACUGCUUGACAUUUCAGCUUAGCAAGCCGUAAGGGACCAAUGGAGAGAGUCAGAAUCCUGUUAUGUAAAAAGUAAGAUUUAUAAAUAAUUAUACUAUUAUAAAGUAGGGUCAAUGUUCUAUAUAAAGGAAUUACAAGUCAAUGUAGCAGCAGAUUUAAUAAGUAAUGUUUUGGUUUGUAUUUGUGUUUGAAAGAUAUCCUAUUGCCACACGCCUAAACCUGCAAGCUGCCUAUUUAUACCAAUUUGGAUUGUGUUCGUUUUGGUAUGUCCACAGUCUUGAUGUCAUUCGAGUUUCUUGCUCUAUUUCAGCAUGUUUUUUGAAAUACGGUACCGCAAACCAUCACAAUAGAAAGACAAUGGAACCCCAAAAGAUAUCUGAUUGUUUGUCUACAAGCCCCAAAAGAUAUCUGAUUGUUUGUCUACAAGCCCCAAAAUAUAUCUGAUUGUUUGUCUACAAGCCCCAAAAGAUAUCUGAUUGUUUGUCUACAAGCCCCAAAAUAUAUCUGAUUGUUUGUCUACAAGCCCCAAAAGAUAUCUGAUUGUUUGUCUACAAGCCCCAAAAGAUAUCUGAUUGUUUGUCUACAAGCCCCAAAAGAUAUCUGAUUGUUUGUCUACAAGCCCCAAAAGAUAUCUGAUUGUUUGUCUACAAGCCCCAAAAGAUAUCUGAUUGUUUGUCUACAAGCCCCAAAAGAUAUCUGAUUGUUUGUCUACAAGCCCCAAAAGAUAUCUGAUUGUUUGUCUACACGUGUACUUCUUCUGACCUACGUGCAGGUUUACCUGUGUGGCCAUCAGGUUGUUUUGAGUUUCUUAUUUUUAAUGUAUUCUUCUUUUGGAUGCCUCUUGAACAGUCUGCUGUUUGGAUGCAUUCUAUGUAUCUAUCUGUGUUACUACAAAACAUCUGACUCUGUUCUGAAACCAGGGGAGGUCAGAGACACUCUGUUCUGUUCUGAAACCAGGGGAGGUCAGAGACACUCUGUUCUGUUCUGAAACCAGGGGAGGUCAGAGACACUCUGUUCUGUUCUGAAACCAGGGGAGGUCAGAGACACUCUGUUCUGUUCUGAAACCAGGGGAGGUCAGAGACGCUCUGUUCUGUUCUGAAACCAGGGGAGGUCAGAGACACUCUGUUCUGUUCUGAAACCAGGGGAGGUCAGAGACACUCUGUUCUGUUCUGAAACCAGGGGAGGUCAGAGACACUCUGUUCUGUUCUGAAACCAGGGGAGGUCAGAGACACUCUGUUCUGUUCUGAAACCAGGGGAGGUCAGAGACACUCUGUUCUGUUCUGAAACCAGGGGAGGUCAGAGACACUCUGUUCUGUUCUGAAACCAGGGGAGGUCAGAGACACUCUGUUCUGUUCUGAAACCAGGGGAGGUCAGAGACACUCUGUUCUGUUCUGAAACCAGGGGAGGUCAGAGACACUCUGUUCUGUUCUGAAACCAGGGGAGGUCAGAGACACUCUGUUCUGUUCUGAAACCAGGGGAGGUCAGAGACACUCUGUUCUGUAACCAGGGGAGGUCAGAGACACUCUGUUCUGUUCUGAAACCAGGUGAGGUCAGAGACACUCUGUUCUGUUCUGAAACCAGGGGAGGUCAGAGACACUCUGUUCUGUUCUGUAACCAGGGGAGGCCAGAUACACUUCUGUUCUGAAACCAGGGGAGGUCAGAGACUCUAUUCUGUUCUGAAACCAGGGGAGGUCAGAGACACUCUGUUCUGAAACCAGGGGAGGUCAGAGGUCAUAACACUACAACAUAUCACAUGCUUCUUGUUAAAUCUGUACCAUGAUGCUUUUGUCUCUACAUGACUAUUCACUGUUGGUGUUCCCCAAGGGUGAGUGCAGGGACUUCUCUCCCUGUCUCCUUGUCUCUCUGUUUCUCUCUGCCUCGUGUGUGUGUGUGUGUGUGUGUGUGUGUGUGUGUGUGUGUGUGUGUGUGUGUGUGUGUGUGUGUGUGUGUGUGUGUGUGUGUGUGUGUGUGUGUGUGUGUGUGUGUGUGUGUGUGUGUGUGUGUGUGUGUGUGUGUGUGUGUGUGUGUGUGUGUGUGUGUGUGCAUCAGGUCAGUCUUCAUCUAUAAUGCUGGUAACCCUCCUCCUCUAGAUAAGUGCAGAAGUAGUCAUUUUAAGUGUUUCCUUAUUAUGUCUGAUUAGCUUCAGGAACGGAAGAUCAUCUUUACAUUGAGUUGAACAGAAAGAAAACCGCCUCUUUUUGAUACGGAAUGAUUUAUAUGCUGUGUCACACUGGUGUGAAUGGUUCCUUGGUACAUGUAAAUAUCUAGAUAUAUCUCUUGUAUUAUUGGCUGGAAGCUUUGUCUUGCACAGUUGGUCAGCAUAAAAAAUAGUGAACAAAAACCGUGAAAUCUAUCGUAAUAUUAAGAGAGACUAACGGAUAUUGCUGCUAUGAUACAUGGCGAACAAAACGAGAAAGAAAAGUAGCUGAAAUUUCAUCAUGCCGAAGUGUGUGUGUGUGUGUGUGUGUGUGUGUGUGUGUGUGUGUGUGUGUGUGUGUGUGUGUGUGUGUGUGUGUGUGUGUGUGUGUGUGUGUGUGUGUGUGUGUGUGUGUGUGUGUGUGUGUGUGUGUGUGUGUGUGUGUGUGUGUGUGUGUGUGUGUGUGUGUGCUGGAUCUCCGACAGUGUGGGACAUCUCUGGGACAUUACAACCACAACACUCAACAAUGGCAGAGGUUCAGCUGACUACUACUUCUCUAUCUAUGCCUCCGUCUUCAACACUGGCCCAACGUUCAUUCUGUAUCCUACCAACAUUUCUCUUAAAAAUCACCAGCAGCCUUUCUUUUGGUUUUCAAAAUCAAAUGUGACUUCUUCUUGCGGUGACUGUAAAAAAACACAUUACUCAUCCAGGUAUUCCUGUUUCUCAGUGAUAUGCAGGGUAAUUUUCCCUUCAAACAAGGUUCACCCUACAGGUUAACAGAAAAAACAACCAUAUCUUUUGCACCUCUGGUUUCAUCAAAAAUGGGUUGACACAAUUAGUCGCAGCUUUCCAAACCUUUCUGUGCCUUCAUUCUGCUCAAGUUCCACCCAGACAUUGUAAUAGAAACACUAGUUAGGAGGUCCCAGGCAGCAGACAGCCAGGAGAUCCCAGACAGCCAGGAGAUCCCAGACAGCCAGGAGGUCCCAGGCAGCAGACAGCCAGGAGGUCCCAGGCAGCAGACAGCCAGGGGGUGCCAGGCAGCAGGCAGCCAGGGGGUGCCAGGCAGCAGGCAGCCAGGGGGUCCCAGGCAGCAGACAGCCAGGGGGUGCCAGGCAGCAGACAGCCAGGGGGUGCCAGGCAGCAGACAGCCAGGGGUGCCAGGCAGCAGACAGCCAGGGGGUGCCAGGCAGCAGACAGCCAGGGGGUGCCAGGCAGCAGACAGCCAGGGGGUGCCAGGCAGCAGACAGCCAGGGGGUGCCAGGCAGCAGACAGCCAGGAGGUGAAGGGUUGAGGAGGGAGGGAGGGAGGAUUGUUGGCUGUAUGUGCCCUUUUGUGACCCAAACCAACGAUAUGAUCUGGUAAUUCUAUAACUAGCAGGCGAAUGGUGUUGAGGGCACUGCUGGAUAUGCAGUCUGCUCAGACAAACACAGUACUGUUGCACCGAGCGAGGAUCAACACUAAUUAACCAAGCUGAGUUUGCUAUUGUGUGAUCUAAUUGAGGCCAGGGAGACAUGCCAAUGUUGCCAGCUAUGCCAAGCUUCUUCUAUUUUCUUUUAGUUUUUAGAGCACUAAAACUUAACUCUGAUGGCUCCACCUUCCCCGAGAGGCUGCAAGCCAGAGCACAAUUUGCAUAAUCUCUUCAAAGGUCAUGCAUAUGCCCAGUUGGUAAAACCGCAACUGGUUCCUAUUCUUGGGUCACAGUUUUACCAAUCUUUCUAUCAACGCUAAUAUCCAGACACUGUGAAGAAUACCGGGUGGGGGGGGGUGGCAGUAGUGUCAGAAAGAGCAGGCAUUAUCAUUCUAGAGAUACUUUACGACUGCCAAUUAAUAACCAGAGAAAGGAAAGCGAUAGUUGGUGUCCUGAAAGGGCCCUGCUUGCUAAAUGAACAGCCGACCGUCCUGUUCUGUGUGCCUGCUGUAGUGAGACCAUUGUGCUUUAUCCUGUUUUAUACAGUGCCUGCAGUUGGUUGGACUAUAGUCUCUUAUUGGUUCUUACAAGCUGCAUGUGAUUUGUGUUCCAAUGUCAGCAUCACUUUAUAAAUAAAAUAUUAAAAAGUUGAAGAGAAAAUAAACUGUAGUUAAAAGGAUAUAACAAGGUCAUAACCUAAGGAAAAAAUACCUCCGAAAGAGCAAUGUGUUUUUACCUCGGGUGUAUAUAGUCGAUUUGUUUACUCCAAAGUUUGCAAUUUUUGUUUCUAUGAAAUGCUAAGUUGAAUACACAUUUGUAAAUGGUACUUUUUUGUCAAUGGUUAUUGUGUUUUGUGGUGUUCCCAAGUAGUAUAUUCCUCGAGUUACCAUUAUGUGUAUUUUGGCUUUUUCUGGUCUGUCCCAAAUGUAAAUGCUUUACCAACGUCAAAACUAGUCUUCUUUCCAAGCCCCAUCUGAGCUGUGUUGAAAAUGUCUUGUAGGAGGCUACGAGGAGAGAUGUCGAAGACCCUCAAAACCAUUACAGAAUCGCCUGUGUCCCCCUUCUGAUGAUUUCUAAACCAUAUGUAUUUGAAUUUUUCAUAACGAGAAUGAACACGCAACAUAGGAAAGUAGCCGAUUGACGUUUCAGUUCCAACUUAGUUGGAGUGAAAAAUGGUGUGAAUAAAAUAAAAAAAAGUUUGUGUAAAUCCAUGGUCUUGUUUUUUUGUUUGUGGAGUUGGAAUUCACAUUCACAGCCCGUGAAUGAACUGUGUAUUUCAUUCCAGUACACAGGACUGAGACCUUGCUAUCAAAGAGAAUGAAAUGGAUUGUUGGUUUUUGGCUGUAGGCUAGUAUAACACUUGGGCCCACGGUAGCAUGUU